AUGAACCAGAUGACUGAUGAGGUCAAUGAGGAGAACCAAGUGGUGGAUGACUUCCCUGAUGUGUUCCCUGAUGAAUUGCUAGGUUUAUCUAGCACUGCAUCUACAGCCCAACCUAAAACAGUUGCUGAACCAUCAGACCCAGCCUGGAAGCAUUGCACAAUGCCAAAUCUACUGUUAAAGAAACUAGAUAUCAAGCAAAAGAAGAAACAGGACAAGGAAGAUGAGAGAGCUGAAGUUGAUUUGAGCCAUUCUGAAGGAGAGGAUUAUAGUGAUGGAGAUGGUAAUUCAGUCAUUGUAUUGAAGAAGGCCAGUACCAAAUGUGGUUCUUCAGGUGGUCCCAUGGAUAAGUACUGCAAGCUAACUCUAGAAGAAGUAAUUGCUGCAAGGAAGGGCAAAUCUGUUGACAAUAAGGUGCAAUCCAAGCUGUCUACUGAAAAAAGAGAAGAGAAGAGGGAUAGGGCAUUUGAUUGCUCAGCUGUUAAGAAAGAUGGGAGAUACAUUUUUGAACUAGUUGAUAGAUGUAUUGAAGAAAUUGGGGUGCAGAAUGUUGUUCAAGUUGUGACUGACAAUGCUAGACCAAAUGAGGCAGCAGCCAGUUUGUUGAAAGCAAAGCAUCCCUCUAUUUUCUGGACUGGUUGUGCUGCACAUACUAUUGAUCUCAUGCUUGAAGACAUAGGAAAGAUGCCACAAGUUGCAGCAACAAUUACCAAAGCAAGAUGCUUGACUGUUUUCUUGUAUGACCAUACUAGAGUUUUAGACCUUAUGAGGAAGUAUCUCUCUAGAGAUUUGGUCAGAUGUGGUGUCACAAGGUUUGCUACAGCAUAUCUUAACUUGAAGAGUUUGCUUGAAAACAAGAAGCAAUUGCAGAGGCUCUUUAGGGAAGAUGAGCUCAAUGAACUAGGUUACCUAAAGAGUGUCAAAGGGAAGAAAGCACACAAGAUUUUGACAAGUGAAUCUUUUUGGAAGGGUGUUCAAACUGCUAUAAAUUUCUUUGAGACAUUAUCUGUUGUGUUGAGGAGAAUGGAUAGUGAUGUGCCAACAAUGGGGUUCCUAUAUGGGUAUCUACAAGAGGCUAAGAAUGAGAUCUCUAGGAGGUUCAACAAUGAUAGAAAAAAGUAUGAGGAAGUUUUUCAGUACAUUGACAAAAGAUGGGACAACAAGCUGAAGACACCUUUGCAUAGGGCUAGUUACUACUUGAACCCCUUCUACUAUUAUCAAAACAAGAAGGCUAUACAGGACAAUGAGUCAUUCAAAGAUGGUGUAAUAACUUGCAUCACAAAGCUUGUUCCAGAUGAAGAUACUCAAGACAAGAUUAUUGAAGAGCUUCAAAGGUUUCAAGAUGCAGAAGGAUCAUUUGUCAAAGAUAUUGCUAAAAGGCAGUGCAAAAAUAUUUAUUUUGAUCCAACUAAGUGGUGGCUCAACCAUGGAAGUAGUGCACCAAACCUCAGAAAGUUAGCUGCUAGAAUUCUAAGUUUGACAUGCAGUUCAUCAGCUUGUGAGAGAUGCUGGUGUUCAUUUGAACAAGUCCACACAAAGAGAAGAAACAGGCUUCUUCAUGAUAGAAUGAGGGAUCUUGUCUAUAUCAAGUUCAACUCUAGACUAAGACAAAAGAAAGACAACAAGGAUAAAGAUCCUCUUGAGAAACAUGUGCUUGAUGUUUUAGAAGAUGAAGACAAUGAAUGGAUCACUGGCAUUGAGCCAACAGAGGAAGAUCCAUUGCAGGAGGGAGAAACUGGAGCAUCAUCACAGGGAGUUGCAACUCCACCUCAAAGAGAAGAAACAAGGAGGGGAGGAAAUAGGAAUAAGAAGAGGAAGAGAUUGAUCCCUACUUCUUUUGAGGAUGAAGAGUUAUCUCCUCCAUCUUCUGAUGGGGAAGAAGACACUAAAAUGCCUUCUUAUCUUAGUUCUGAAACUUGGUAA